UAGUGCAGUACUUUAGUACAUCUCAUAAAUUAAGCCUUCUAUCCCCAAAAAGAAAAAGAUAGUACAUAAUUCCCUGUUUUUUUCUUAAUCAUUUUGCAUAUAAUUUUCUCUAAUAAAAAACAUGGCUAGCUAUGGAGCAAUUCAGAGGCCAAGCAUAACCUCAAAAUCUGCCUCUACAGAUCACCUGAACGAGUCGGAGGAGUCCACCGGAGUGAAUUGGAGUGACUUCAAGCGUUCAGAAUUGAAGUUAAUGUGUCCAUUCAGCAUACCUUCAAGCUCAGAAGCUGCUGCUCUAAGAAUUAAUAGAAAUUUAAGUUAUUUUGCAUUAUAUUAUACACACUUUGUGUGGAUCAUACUCUUCAUAACCUUAAUCCCACAGCGAAAGGUCUCUUUGAUAUUGUUGGUGAUCAUGACUUAUGUGGCAUCACUGUAUCUAUUGUUAUUAAGUGCAGUGCCAAGUUCUAAUGUCAUCCAUAAGGUUUUGGAUAAAAGAAUAGUGUUGCCUGUGAUAGUUAUUGCAACUGCGGUUGAGCUUAUUGUUACACAUUCUGCUUUGCAUCUUCUGUUUACCUUGGCAGGUUCAAUUCCUGUCGUUUUGGUUCAUGCAGUUUUAUGGGUCAGAGAAGAUUUAGUCUGUGCUGAGGAUGGCAGAGUUGUUGCUGCUUCUGGCGAGUUGAUUCCUCUAGUACAUGAUGAUGAGUCUGCUGCACUUAUGGUUUAAUUUUUCAUUUCUUCCUUUCUUUUGAGCUGUAUUCAUUAGGAGUUCUGAUAGAACGAAACAAUAAAAUUAUGCACGCAGUAACUCAAAAGGGUUAUUCUAAUUAAUGAAAGAGACUACUCGUUUUACCUUGUCAA